GCCCACCAUUUUCACUGGGCUCCUUAAUGCCACACAGGUCUGCUGGUGAUGUCAGCCAUGUUGAAUUUUAAACGGGUGCAGGUUGUCCCAACAUGAGGGUUGUUUACAUCAUGUUAUCUGUGUCGACCCCCCAACCAUCUGAGUGGGUUUCUGUGGAAUGCUGAAACAGGAUGGAGGAUUUCCAAAGGGGGAGUGACAAGAGAGAGAGAUAGAAAGUGGCAGAGAGAGAAGGAGGGAGAGAGAGGGAGAGAGUCUAUAUAUACAUCCCAAAGAGCCUGGUGCUCACAGGCACAGCUGGACAACUGGAUCACUGGAUUAAAGCCCACUGGAUACUUUCUCAGAAAGGACGGUGAAAGCUGACUGUGCACUUCAAACAGACCAACCAUGAAUGCCGUAGCAGACUGGCUCGUCCAGAACCGGGACAAGAUUGAGAAAGGGGUAGAGAUCAUGGGGCAGGCCUCAGAGGUGCUGGCCUCCACAGUGGGCCAGCUUCACCCAAUCCUAGAGGCUGUAUUCGUGGCCUCCUCUGAGAUACUCAGCAACCCAGAAGGCAAAGAGGCUCGAUACCUGAGUGAGCAGUUCAGUCUGGUGAAUCAGCAACUCGAAGGUAUCCAAGAUGAGAUCGAUCAAAUUGCCCUGGAGCUUCAGAGAACAUCGAUGAACAAGCAGAACUUCGAUCGCGAGGCACAGAUGCUCAGCCAGUAUGAGAAGUUCCAGGAUUUUGUCAAUGCAAAGCCCAAAUUCAAGGAGAAGAAAAUGGAGAAGUUUCUGAGCCAUUACGAGAACACAGACAGUGACUUGAACUUGGACGCGCUCUACUACGCCGUCACCGGAGAGAAUACAACAGGAGAUCCAUUGCUGGAGACCGUGGUCAGCACCGAGCAGCGCAGCAGACGGGCAGUUGAGGAUUUCUGCGCUCGGCUAAAGAAGCUGUUUGUGGUGGGCAUUAUUGCUGUGAUGGGCCACGCUGCUCUCAAGGAGGGGGCAGUGGGAGAGGAGAUGGUGAAGAAGUGGCAGAGUCGAAUGGAGGAAGUAGAGAAGAGAAUGAAAGCAGCAGUAGAUGAAUGCACGGAGAACUUUGCAGAUCAGGCCAAGCUGGACUUGGAGCACCUGCUUCAGGAGAGUCCAGGACCUGUUAACCCCGAGUUCACCAAAAAACUUCUGGAUACACUGGUAAAGAAAUACGACUGGGUGGCCUGGUCCAUCAGAGCUUUCAACGACAAGGAGCGCAUUUUCUUUUUCAACUGGCUGGCAGGGAAGAAGUACCACGGCAGUCGUGGCGCCAACUGGUUUGACAUUCUGACCAAAAGCAAGAUCAAUGUUGUGGUCUCAUUCUGUGUUGAGCCGAAACCCAUCAACAAGAGUGAAAUUCUUGAGCUUAUUGAGCAGCAGAAGAUGAAGGGGAACAUGAUCACUGUGGCUCAGUCAGUGAGCAAGAGCUUCCCCAACUGUCUGGUCCACGCAGUCAGCCAUUACAAGGAGGUGGUGGAGUCCAACAACUUCGAUGUGGACUGUUAUUACUACGCAAAACACAAACGCGCGUACAUGUGUAUUCACCCUGAGUAAUUAGCCUGCUGUGUGUUAUCAAUGCCGCUGGUGAAUUUCAAGUUGAUUCAAAAUGUACAUUGUUUACAUUUCGCCCUUUAUCGUUGGGUGUUGAUAUGCAAAUGUUUUAUAUAAUUUUCACAUGCAGUUUUUGUUCAACUUGUCAGCUGUUUAAUGUGAAAAGAUAAUCAAAUCAAAACACCUUUCAAUGUUGAAUAUUCCUUUAAUUCCCUCAACAGAUAUUAGCUUAUUACAUUACAUUCUGUAAUAACCGUCGACAACAGUCCAUACUGCACACAUUUUCAUCCGCAGAAACACUAAGAAGUCAUUUCAAAAGUGAAACGCUUUUCACACAUUGCUGAGCUAACAUUGGAAGCUGAAGGGAAAAGCAAACCAAAAUUGCGAAGCAUAUCUAGCAACAUGAUGCAAUACUACAAUGGAAUACAUUCAAACUGCAUUGGAACUCCUUAAAUGUAAUAUAACUAACUUCUGAAUUACGGUAAUGUACGAGCCCUGAUUUUUAAAGAGCGCUUUUUGUACCAGAUUAGCCUGUUCCUUAUGAAAUCACACUGCCUUUAAAUGGUAUUUAAUACACAUAUUUAAUCAAAAGCAGGUACUUAUUGAUUAUGUUUACUUCUCAUAUGUCUUUUGGAAAGCUUGAAACUCGAUUUCUCUCCCUGGUGAUUAGGUUCCAUUUCCAUCAAACUCCAAAUCUCCACUGACUUGCAAUUAUUCACAAUUACGUAAUAAUAAAUGAGUCCAAAACAAUGGCCUUAAAUCAAGAUAUGUACAGAACAGUAUGUGUUCCAGAUCCAAAUGUUUCAGCUGCUUUGUGUGAAACUCUAUGCUGCUCCACUAUCUCUGAAGAUACAUGUAAAUUCUGUUAAUUUGUAAUAAAAAUAAAGAAAGAAAGUGGACUGUGCA